UAGAUUGUUUCUUCAAACCCUGCGAUCAUACAGUUAAAAAAUUUUAAAAAAUAAAAAAUAAUCACAAUUUAAAACUGUGUGUAAGUGCAUUCAAGUUUUUUUUCAGGCACUGUGCAUUCUGCAUUCGAGUUUCUUUUCAUGCACUGUGCAUUCGAGUUUUUUUUCAGGCACUGUGCAUUCUGCAUUUGAGUUUCUUUUCAUGCACUGUGCAUUCGAGUUGCUUCUUCAAGCCCUACAAUACGAUAAAAAUUAAAAAAACCCCCAAAAAUCAUAAAUCAAAAAUAAGAAACAGCCAGAAAACCGGAUUUUAUGGAGUUAAAAACGAAAAGACCAAGUAAAACGGUAUUAAACUAGAGUAAGUAAAUCCCCCUAAACUUCCGUUAUGGAGGAUAUGCGCAUGAGCAUGCAUGAUGGGGUAUACAAUUUUGGGUGCUUUAUAGCCUGAGCCCUCUUCCCUAGUCCGGUUAUAGAAUUUACGAUGGAAUUUCCAGAUCUUCACGACUGGAUAUUGGAUGUAUUCAAAAGGGUUAGGGCCGAGGGACGCAGGAUUUUGGGCAACGGCUCCACAGGUAAAUAUGUUAAAGAUGUUGUUUUCGCUGACAAUAAAUACACACUGCAGUUCUCCGUUGUUUACCCCAAAGGACGAAUGGCUCUGUGUAUCGAGUUCUUGAUGAGCGGCUCUCUGCUACACGCUUUGACAUGUGAUUUAGGGAUAUAUGAUAUUCAGAAUGAUAAAAAAACAAUGGAACACAAUUUUCUUCCUCUGUCUUCAUUUUUGUUUUGGGGUUUAUUCUCGCCUCUUUCCUCCGAUGAAGAACAAGCAGGUUUCCUACGUUUUUCUUUCUUACAAUCUUUAUUAGACAUAGAGGGACACAUAAUUGAACCCCCAGAAUACAAGCAGUUAUUUAACUCCCUAAUUGCUGUGACAUGUUCUUCUUUUCUUUCCUACUCGGUUUGACAAAGAAUCUGAUGUGUUUUCUUCCUGCUCCAAAAUCUUGGCGGAAGCACACCAAAAAGUUCGUUUACUCCUUGGACCUGCUGGGAUAGAUCAUUUCAUGCUUCAUUGGGCUUCCCGAUUCACCGCAGAAUCAUUAGCUUGCCCUAAGCCGUAUCCAUCCAUGUUGAAAAUUUCAGGCAACUUACACACCAGGAGAUCGUGGUUGGUUACGUCAUAUUCUCCACUGCUUUCUAUGCAGAUCAUGAGCAAAUUUGCGACCGCUGAAAGACGUCUCCAUCGAGCUUUGAGUUACUACAUGCUACGCUGCAGCUUUCAGUUCAGCUACAUUGUAAAUGUUCUUUCAGAUUUGAUUGAAGUUGGGCUGCACUUAAAUGAUAUCACGUGCGAUGUGCUUCCAUUGGAACCAAUGUACCUCGAGUCUAUGACUAUCAUAGGUGAUUUUCCAAAUGAACGACACUUCCCUGCUAAAAUCCGCUUGAGAGUUGGCGCUGAGAAUGAAUGGGCUGUCCAUUCGGUUUCUUUGUCUCGAUCAUCGCCGAAUCCGUACGAGGCCACAUUCAGACCACCCAAGAAUGCAGGUUUCACUCUAGCUACAUCCACGGUGAGGAUGAAACAAAAUUGGGCCUUUGAGGAGUCAGUCGUCAACUUCAGCGAUGCACAAAUGGAUUGGACUCUGUAUGAUAGCACCACCAGAAAAACGGUAUUUAGCUGCGAGCCUCCAAAAUUUUCAGUGUUGGUCCCAAAAACAUGGCCCAUUAGCAGGUAUUUCAAGGCUCGUAGAGCUUUCACCGAGGAAGGAGAGGCGGCCUUUGCCAAGGAUGUUUAUUCAAAUCCCAUAAUAUGGAGGCUCAGCAAGAGUUUGGAGGGGCAGACAUUGAAAUGGAUUGUUCAAGGCUCCAUUUUCUUAACCUAUUGGCCAAAUACACUCGGCACUCGAUUUUCGGAGACUAGAUGCCAUGAUUUCCGUGAAGAAGUUGAUCUUCCAUUGCUACCGUCUUCUUCAUUUACACCCAAUUGAAUAUACAAAGUGGUGACCAAUUUAAGAUGCUCAAGAUUUGGUUGCAGCACUUCGGGCCAAGUUCUCUGCUGCUCAUACUUUCAUCAAAGAUUUUUAUAAACACUGAUUUGUACCUUAUAAAAUUGUUUCUAUUGUCCACACUUCUUUUGGAAAGUGCAAAGGCCGUAUCAACAAGUAAAUGAAUUAGGUACUGCACAACACCUUUGUGAACUUCCUCAACAGGUUUGUCUUAAAUAAAUUAAAUCAGAAUAAUGAAUCAAUCAGGCCCAGUACAACUGGACUUUGAAUAGAUAUUAUUUUCAUUGGCAGUCUGGGUCACUUGUACUUUAUGUAAAAGACAUGGCUUUGGAGAAGAUGGGGAACUCAUAUAUCAACCAAAUAAAUAAAUGAGCUUCUCUAUCCUUACCACAACACAUACUGUCUCCCUCAAUUGGAUUGGAUAAGGUGCAUUAGAUACUGUAUAGGAAUUAUUUUCAAUUAAUUUUAUUGAGCACAAUCCAAGUGCUCUGUUCUGAACAGUGGGGAAAAUAAGCAUAGAUGCAAUAAGAUUAUCCAUCAUGGUGGUUUCAGUCCAUACAGUUUCUUAGAAUUGUUUUGCAGUGCCAUUAACAAAUCUUAUUUAAGAUUUGUCACCAACACAUUCCAUUUCCCUGUAUAAAAGAGGAAGAUUAACAACUGCUGACCCCUUUCCUCUUGCAUUAGUCUUAAGAACGAACAAUAUGUAUUUAAUCAAGAAUCUUUUGCAGAUCACUACUCCUCAAGGCAUCUUCCAAAUGCUGGUCCAACUCGUCAGGACAAUAUUUAUGAAAUUUAAAAGUUGGAAUUAAUGGCCUGAUUGUAUCUUAAAGAAAAGCAAUGAGAGCGUGCAUGUUAUUUCUGUUUAUACUC